ACUUGAGAUGGACUCGGUAGCGGUUACGGUUCCGCUUCGUCAACCAACGAAGAAAAUGAAGAAACGUAAGGAAUUAGAUGCUCUUGCACCUCCACAUGCUGUUUCGAGAAGAACUUCCGGCAAACGUAGUUCUCAGGAGUUAUUGACGGAUAGCAGUGACGAACGUUCAGAAUAUUGGAACACAUCGACAAGAAGUAGUCGCAAAUGCAGAGGAAGAAGGAGCCAAGCUUGUCCGGGAUUUCUUAAAGCUUGUAGUGCCUUUUUGGCGUGCGCUUCUGUGUUAGCUACUGCUAGCUUAAUAUGGCUUUUUAUUGAUGUUCGUCAACAACUCAGCGCCUUAAGAACGGAAUUGGAUCAAGUAAUUGCUGGUAACGAGGGUGUUCCUGAUGCUUUGCAAAAAUGUCAUUCCAUGUCGAGGGAUCUGCAAAAUAAUCAAACUGUUAUUUUCUCUCAUCUAUCAGAUCUUAGAUUUCAAAUAAGUAAUGUUACGAUUCAGUUAGUAAACAUACAACAUGGAUUGCAUCAAGUUCAAGAAUGGGUGCACGCUGCUCCGGAACUUGCCAAUGUUCCUAAAGAUUUAAAAGCACUUUCAACGACUGUUGUUUCAUUGGGCAGUCAAAUAAGAGAUUUGGAUUCAACUGUAACAACAUUAAAAGAAACUAAUACGCGCAUACAAAACAUUCAAACUACUAUGUUACAAAAUAUUACCAACAUACAGCACACUGUUUCUGAAUUAAUUAAUAUAACGCAAAAACCUCAAAUUUUAACUACCAAUGAAACCAAAUUGAAAACCGAAGAAUUAAAUGCCGCAAUAUUGCGUGUAACAAAUAACUUGACACAUGUUAAUGAAACUCUUUCAAGAACUCUUCAAUGGACUAGUGAAGAUCAGAAAAAAGAUCAUAAAAUAUUGAAUUCCCUCUUGGAUACGACCCAAAAUGUUAGUACAAAGGUUAUAUCUUUGCAAGGAGAAUAUGCAAAAAUAUCUGAACAAAUAACUACAUUACCAUCAUUAACGGAACAGGUGAAACAAAUAUACGCAGCCAGCAUGGAAUUAAAUGAUAAACUAAAACGUUUGGAACAAUCUUAUAUUGCUGUAAAAAAUUCAACUACUGCUAUGCUAAAUACAAUAACGGAAAUAAGAAAUGAAAAGAGAAUUAUUAACGAUCAAGAUACAAGAGAAAUGCCCAUUGAAGGAAGUCAAAAUGUUCAGAGGAUAAGCGCAAACACUUAAACAUAAGAUAGAUAUAGGAAUUACGUAUUUAAACUCUGGGUUAUGUAUGUCGUCAAAGAAAAGGAUGUUAUAUUGAAGUAUGUAAUGAAUAUUACAUAUUAUUAAAUGAAUGUUCUGCAAGUAUUUCAUGACCUGGAGGAAACUAUCUAUACCAAGCAAUAAUUUGUACAAUUAUAAUAUUGAUAUUCUGAUACAUUGAAAGUAUAUACAUUUGGAAAUACUUACAAAGUACAAAAUCUACAAGUUCAUCAUCCACUUUAUCUACACUUUAGUUAUAAAUUUCUAUUAACAUAACAUUUAUUAGAUAUCAUAAAUCGAGUCGUAUAUCUAUUAGAUGCAUGAUUUCUUCAAUUUACUUCAAAAUUCUUUGUUUAAAUUAUUACUUCAAAAUUACACUUAUGUAAUUCCUUUAUUUACUACAAUGAAAUGUUUGUUCUGCACGAUAAUAUAUUUAGAAUAGAAUUGUUUAUAACUCUAUAAACAGGCACAAUGAGUGCUAUUUUUUACGACAAUCUAUACAAAACAUGGUCAGAUAAAAUUAAUCAAAACUACGCACAUUAUAACAUGCGCAGUAUUAUACCUAAUUCGUCCAAAGUAUAAUUAAAGUCUUACAUAUUGUAUAUCAAGACUUUACUGCAGUACAUAAAACCUUCAAUUUCAUCACCUUUAUCACACAUUUCUACUAAGUAGUUUGUAUUGAUACGUAUCAUAAAUAAUUUUUAUCUAAAGAUUGUUAUUUUUUCGUUAAAAUUUUGAUUACACUAAUAGUCAAAGAGAAUAAGAAGAUCAAAACACAAUUAUAAUUCCAAGUACUUCUGAUGCUGGAUAAGCGACAAAAAUACAAAAAAGAACAAUAUUCAAUUGGCUAUUACGAUAUGAAUCAAGACGUUAAAUUCCACUAUUUGUACAUUUGUAAAUUAUUGAAUAAUCAUUUAAUUAUUCGAAAUAAUGUACGACAAAUUUCUAGUGUGUGACCUUGAUAUAAAAUGAGUGUGCAUAACAAAACGACGCAUUGGUAGGAUAUACUUAUGUUGAAAAAGGGUUAAUAAAAACUUGAACAUAAAGUAACAAUA